AUGCAGUACUCACCGAAGCAGCUAGCUGCAGUGCUGCUCUUAGCUGCCGCGUCCGCCAUGAUCGUCACCGCCCAGGACACGGUGCAGGAAAUCCUGGACGCCCACAACACGCUACGCGCCAACGUCGGUGUGCCACCGCUGACGUGGGAUGACACGGUGGCGACGUACGCGGAUGCGUUCGCGCAGAAACGCAGCGCCGACUGCCUUCCUAUAUUCUCUCCACUGGGCCACCCAUACGGAGAGAACGUCUUCGUGGGCACCGGUUCCGAAUGGAAUAUGUUGGAUGCCGUGAAUUGGUGGGUGGCGCAGAAGCAGUACUACGACCACGCCACAAACACCUGUUCUGCGCCUUCCGGUCAGUCGUGUGAUGCAUACAAGCAGGUGGUGUGGAGGGACACAAAGGCCAUAGGCUGCCAAGGUGUCGUCUGCGAUGGCAAUGCUGGCGUGUAUAUCAUAUGCGACUACAGCCCGCCGGGUAACGUGGUGGGGCAGACUCCAUAUUAA